AUGACAGAAGUACAGGCUCAGCCCUCUUCGGCGAGUGAACAGAAAUAUGGCGGUGCUGAAGGAGCCGACGCUAUGUAUGUGAAACUCGUGUCUUCGGAUGAUCAUGAGUUUUAUGUCCGCCGUGAGUACGCUUUGAUCAGUGGGACGAUCAAAGCUAUGCUCUCUGGCCCGGAAGUACAGGCUCAGCCCUCUUCGGCGAGUGAACAGAAAUAUGGCGGUGCUGAAGGAGCCGACGCUAUGUAUGUGAAACUCGUGUCUUCGGAUGAUCAUGAGUUUUAUGUCCGCCGUGAGUACGCUUUGAUCAGUGGGACGAUCAAAGCUAUGCUCUCUGGCCCGGCUUCUGCACGUCCGAGUUCAGUUACAACCCUAAACACUUCGAAGUCUGUUUUCAAACCCCGAAAGCCUGUCUACUUAGCCACUUUCAAUGUUCGCACACUGAAGCAAGCAGGUCAACAGGUGGCGUUCGCGCGUACGCUUGAUUCCCUCUGUAUUGAUGUAUGUUGUCUGUCAGAAACACGGACGCAGUACGCAAGUGUUGUGAUCAAACAGACUGCCCCCUCGCUCUCUUACAGGUUCCGGCUACGCACCUCUGGUGAUGCAAAGGCCGCUGUAGCUGGAUAUGCUGGGAUACCCGUUGAUAGUCGCCUCUGUGCGGGUCGUUUGGCAACAUUGGUGAGAGAAUCUAGAGGAAGUGAGGUUCAUCGCACUUUGUUUAUUGUGUCUGCUUACGCUCCAACUGCCUGUAGCUCUGAAUCUGGCAGGGACAGUUUCUAUGACGCCCUAGAUGCCCUUCAACAGCAGGCUAAAAGCUCAGAUAUCGUUGUGGUUGCUGGUGAUAUGAACGCCCAGGUGAAAGUGAAUGUCCGCGCUGACCAGGGGGCUUGGUGGAUCCGAAAGGCCCAAGAAAUGGAAGAUGCAAAGAAUACUGGAGACGUGCGCAAACUGUUCCACCUGAUUCGUUCGACUGACCCUCGGAAACCUCUUGUCAGCGAAAUAAUCAGGGACCAAAAUGGCUCCCUGAAAUGCAGCAAAGCAGAACGUUUGGCCUGCUGGGCACAGUACUUCGAGCAGUAA